AUGGCGGCCCAAGUAGCCUCAAUCAACCUCGAGUAUAUCCCAUCGUCCCACUAUACUGCUCGGCUUCCUCCCUCCGACGACCCCUUCCGGCAUAGUUCUCUGUCCAAUUCCCACAAUCACCACGAGUUGCAUCCUUGGGGUCCUGAUGUGCCUGUCGCGUCGCCCGAAUUCGAUGCUAGGUAUGCCGAGGCCAACAACCAGUAUAUGUACCACUUGUGGUACAAUGCUGCGUUGGCACCUUUCAUGGCGACGAGAGUCAUCAGUAUCCGACCCCUCGACGCCGGAUUCCUCGCGAAAGCACGUCAAGUCCUGAAGGAUACCUUUGCCAGUGGCAUUGAUUCAGCCAUGGCCUCCGUUGAGGCCUGCACUGUGGCAGACGAAAUUCAAUCUAUCCUCGACAGCAGCCAUUUGUCGCCCGAUGAUCGCAUUUUCGUCCGGCUUGGUGCCACUUCCUGCAAGGACAGUUUCGCCGUCAACUUGCCGACGACCAAACCGGGUCCUCUGCCUCCCCGGGGCGACAUCGUGCUACGGCGCCUCCUCACGAGCGCUCGCUGUGUUGCCCGACUGCUUGCACUGGCCGACAAUAUUUGGCCUCAGGAUCCGGGUGAGGCCCUUAUUGUCGAGGAGUGGGCCCCUGACAUCGAGUUGAAGCGUGAGUUUCGCGUUUUCUGUUGCAAGGGCCGGGUGACAGCCGUCAGUCAGGAUAUUUGGUGGCAGAAGAUGGGCUGGCGGGGCAGGUAUUCCAAUGGAUUUGUCGAGGCGAUUCUGCACCUCUGGGACCAAGUCAAGCCAUUGAUACCAUUUGAUACAUGUACAAUGGAUGUGCAUAUGAUGGAGACGGAGAAUGAAGACAUUCCCUGGAAAGCACGACUCAUUGAGUUCAAUGGGUUUGGAGCACAUCUCAACACAGGAAGCGACCUAUUCCACUGGGUGAACGAUGCCGAAAUACUGGAAGGCAAACGCCCAGGCGUCACUCUACGCUUCGUUGAUGACAAUGAGGUCAUCUUCGAGCCUGGUGGCGGCAGUGCAAGUCAGGAAGUGAAGGAAGUGACCGGUGAAGGUGCUCAGGACCCUGUGCCAGACUGGCUUGCCCUCGAACAGAAGUUGAGAGAGCGCUAUGGUAAUGACCCGACCGAGGAGAAAAUGCUGACACUCGAAAGGAAGACCAAAGUUCCACUCAGGGGAAGAUGGUGCAGUGCAUAUUGA